AUGCGUCAACUCAAGCAUCAUGAGGCCAAACUCCUCAAGAAGGUACGUCACUAACCAAAAUCAUGCGCUGUAGCACCGCUGUCAAAGUCGAGGCUGAGUCGCCUCCUGUUGCUUGCCUCGCCUGCUCCGCUCCAACACGACCGCCACCUUCCCUCGAUCGCCUUCUCUCCGAACCUACCCCUACCGAUGGGCGGCAUGCAUCACCAUAGGUCGACUUUUUGUCGUGGAAGUCGGAUGCGGGCAUGCGAGAAGUCAAAGUGAUGAGGCGCUACCACGUGCAGAACCGGUCAGUGUCGCUGCUCCCCAGUCGUGCAGUGCAUGCCCUCUUCUCGUCGUCGUGCGCCCAAUCUGACCCCCAGUCUAAACGCUCUCUCUGCAGUGAUGACUAUCAUUCCUACAACAAGAUCUGCGGCCAAGUCCGUCGUCUCUCCCAUCUGCUCUCCCGCCUGCCGCCCGCGGAUCCGUUCCGAGCCAAGUACGAGCACAUGCUUCUCUCCAAGCUGUACGACAUGGGCAUACUCGACCGAGGCGCCAAGAUGUCCGACAUCGAAGGAUCGGACGCACCCGUCGUCAAGGGCUUCGAUGGCAAGAUCAAGGAGGUCGAGGGCCAGGGCAAGAAGGAGGGCAAAGUCACCGUCGGAGCUUUGUGUCGCAGGCGAUUGGCCGUCGUCUUGGUCAGGCUCAAGAUGGCCGAGACCGUCAAGCUGGUCAGUGGGUUCCUCUUUUCGUAUCCGCUGAUCUGUCUGCUGACUCUCCUCGUGUGCGACGCUGUCCAGGCCGUGACCUACAUCGAGCAAGGCCACGUCCGAGUAGGGCCCGACCCGAUCACGGAUCCGGCGUUCCUCGUCACUCGCAACAUGGAGGACUUUGUCACUUGGGUCGAUACGUCCAAGCUCAAGCGACAUGUCCAAAAAUACAACGUCAGUCUCGCCCGCAGUUCCGGUGGCCUGCUCUUUCAUCCUUCCAUUUUCAUCUUGUCUGACCUUGCGCGAUCCACUCUUUGACAGGACGAGCUGGACGAUUUCGAUCUCAUGGCCUGA